AUGGACAAAGAUUGCGACAUGGUAUAUAAGAACAUCUCUGACCUUUACAAAACCCGGGAGUUUAAGACCUACGACAACUUUGUUUCGUUAGUUGCUGAAUGUGUAUGGCAGAUAAGAGAUAAAGAUAGAAGAGGUAAGGUAUGGAAUGAACAGAUAAGACCAACUGCUUCAGAUUUAAAGAAAACCAUUGACGCUUUAGUUGUUUUAGCAGGUAAGGUUUCAGAAUAUAACGCUAAAAUGAACCCGCAAUGUUCAAAAUGUAAGGCAGCAAUUAGGAAAUAUAACUACUCCGUCAAAGAGAUAGAACGUAUGAGAAACGACUAUGCAGACUUAAAGAAAGAAGCAGAGAAACCAGCAGAAGAUAAAAUGGACAUGUUAGAAUUUCUGAACAAAAACUAUCCAACUGCUGACGAUUUCCUUCUAUCUGACGUCAAGAAGAAGUAUAAAGAAACUUUCGGCAUAGUUAAAACAUUCGAUAUCCUCAGCGAAGAAAUAGAGGCUACAAAACUGUUUAGGAUUUCAAAUAUACAUCGUACAAUUCAUGUAAAACGCUUAUAA